AAUUUACCGUCAGCUGCGAGCACUCAAAUUGAAGUCCUACGAGUCUUGUAUUGCUUACGCGGUGGCUAUGCAAUCUAUUGCGUCGAAGAUGGACCUGGAAGAAGAACUUGUUGACAAAAUAAUCGAUGGCAUACCAGACAGCAGCAAUAAAAUUUCCAUUUUGUACGGUGCCCACUCGGCUAAGGAGCUUAAUCGGCGUAUGGAUCGUUACGAACAACGGCGUUCGACGUUCUCUGCGUCCAGGUCCUCAGCUAAAGUCGUCGCACGCAAAACUACACCCAAGUCUACUACUGCGGUCGCCGGGGAUCUAACCUCAAUACGCUGCUACAACUGCUCGCAAUUUGGACAUUACCAGAGCAGCUGCCCAAAGCCGACCAGACCUGCAGGAUCUCGCUUCACCUGUCACCAAAUGGGGCACCAGCACAAUAAUUGCCCUAAGAAGAGGAGCCGACCCACUCAAGUAGCUGCGGUGUCCGAAGAAAUUUCCAACGAUGAUGAUUACCUAGAUGUUAAGCAAUGGUCCGAUUAGUUUGAUGCAAAGAUCAAGCACCCCAAAAUGCACUAAAUUAUCAUUUUACAAAUUUCCAACAAAAUUUAUCGGCAUCGGCAAACGCAGAAUAUACUUAUUUGGCACAGUAUUGUGCGCGGUAAGACUUCGUGAUAAAACUCGAUGCAUUCAAAUGAUGAUAGUUCCGGAUAACACAAUAACUACCCCUCUGAUACU